UCUUCCGAUACUAGCGCUCUGUACUGCAUUAGUCGAUUCUGAGAACUACAAAUGUAUACAAAUCUGACAAAUUAAUCAAGGCAGGGUCGCUGAAACCCGUUUAGCCCGUAAAAUCGUUCGAAAUGUCUGUGAAUGAAGAUGUCCAGCAGCAAAUACAGGAAAUUACAGAUCUGCUGGUUGCUGCAGGAUAUUUCCGAGCACGAAUAAAAACACUGCCAGUUUUUGACAAGGUUGUCGGAGGGAUGGUCUGGUGCAUUGUCAAUUGCAAUUUUGAUGUGGACGUGGAUCUGCUUUUCCAAGAAAAUCUCACAAUCGGCCAGAGAAUAGCCUUGACUGAGAAAAUCGUCGCAGUGUUGGGUCAGAUGGAAUGCCCUUACCGCAUUGAGCCCCAUCAAAUCCAAGGGUUGGAUUUCAAAAAUAUUUUUUCUGCCAUCAGGUGGCUCGUGAAGAAAUCAUUGGAGACAAGGAGCAGAAGAGGAGCUCAGAUCAGAAGUCUUGCCGUCAGCAAACUGGACAGAAUGUUCACAGCGCCGCUCAGAGUGGACGUUGAGAAGGAAAAGCACGUCCUGGACGCGAUUCACUCGUACGGAGUGGUCAGAAAAUUUAAAAGGCAAGGAAAACCGCCUGCUGACGAGAUGGCCAGCAUCGAAACCACUCUUUUUGAGUAUAGCGGGCGCUCCUUACAAUUAGGGCUAGGCGAAGUUCAAGAGAAAGACGAGCAGAGAAAGGUCGAAGAGCUGAUGGAGGCGAUGUCAAUUGCAGAGGAUGCAGAGUCCACGAAACUGACUGCCAUGGCUGUGGAGAGCUUUCUGAAAAAUGUUGAGGAAAAAAAGGUCGAAGGAAAGGUCGAGAGCUCUCCGAGUAGUGGCUUGAGACGGAAAUAUCUGUUGGAGAGCCAGAGAGAAGCUCUAGUCGCCUCUCUUGCAAAGUGCCAGGAAGAGAAAUCACAGACGCUGCAGAAACUUGCUGAGGCAGAGAGCAAAGUUAGUUCUCUCGUUGAAUCUCAACAGAAGCUUGACGAAGAGGGGGAGCGGCUCUCCACGCUCUACAGCACCACAAACAAAGAUAUUGUCGAUAAACUGAUUGACAAAGUGGAGAAGCUGGAGAGCCUCAAGCAGGACGAGGUUGCCUUCAAACAGCAAUGCCAUAAGGAUCUGGAAGUGCUCCAGAAUAAACUCAGUGAAGUGCAAAGCGAUCCCAGAGAAAGAAAGGAGACGGUUCCUUCAGAAAGAGAAGGCGAGCAGGCCAAGGAGUUGGCAGCGCUGCGCAUUUACUACGGAAAACUGAACCGCAACAUCGCCUCGAUGCUGCGGCAAAUCGACGAGGUGCCUGGCAGGGCCGAGCUGGCCCAGUACCAAAAGCGAUUCCUGGAACUCUACACUCAAGUUGCUGACAAACACAAGGAGACGAAGCAAUACUACACCCUGUACAAUACCUUGCACGACACGCACUCCUUCCUGAAAAAGGAACUCGACCUUCUCAACUCCAUCCAGGAGAGCUACAAUGAGGCGAUGAUGAGUUCAGCGGGCAAGGAGCAGUUCAACGAACAGUUCAAGUUGAUUGUCGAGCGAGUGCGGCAGAACAAAUCAAAGAUCGAGGCUAAGCACAACGAGGAAAAAUCCAAGCGGGACCGGCUGAGCCACUCGCUGCUCAGUCUGGUGGAGAAGGAGCGCAGCUACAUCAACGCAAUCAAAAGACUCACGAUCGAGUGCAGGAAAAACGAAGACUUGCUUGCUGCCGUUCGCAAUAGGACAGCAGCAAAUAAUUAGAAGGAAAUUAUAAAUUCCAUUAUAUACCUAGAUAUUCUUUAGUUUAAUAAAACUAUUUACACGUUUUUGUUAUAUAUGA